CUCCUCUCACUAUCCUUUUUCCCGUCACCCCGCCACAACGAGAGUGAUGUUUACAGCGGCAGCUCGGAGCCGUUUCUCUUCUACUCUUGCUCGCCCCCGUCUCGCUCCGACAAAUUCCCUUCUCGCUAGAUCUUCAGUGGCUUCAACAAUGGCUCCGCGGCGCAAGGCUUCGUCUGUCCCCGAGGGAUACAAAGAAGAUCUCUCCAAGGGAAACAUGCUCCGAUUUGAAGAUUCGCUACCGCGUCUACCAGUCCCAUCAUUGGAGGAGACCGGUCGUCGGUACCUAAAGUCUGUGCACGCAGUCGUGUCUGAGGCCGAGUACGAGAACACCAAGAAGGCCGUGGAGGAGUUCAUUCGCCCUGGCGGCGCAGGUCAGACUUUGCAGGAACGGCUGCUUGCUCGCGCUGCAGACCCCAAGCACAAGAACUGGCUCACUGAGUGGUGGAACAAUGCCGCCUACCUGGGUUACCGGGACCCCGUGAUCCCCUAUGUCUCCUACUUCUACUCAUACCGUGAUGACCGCGCCCGCCGGGACCCGGUUAAGCGUGCUGCUGCUAUCACUACUGCGGCGCUUGAGUUCAAGAGUCAAGUCGACAACGGCUCCAUUGAGCCUGAGUACCUCCGCAAGAUCCCUCAGGCCAUGAGCUCGUACCAGUACAUGUUCAACUGCUGCCGAAUUCCUGCCGAGCCUGCCGACUACCCUCAGAAGUACCCUGCUGAGGAGAACCAGCAUAUUGUGGUGGUGCGCAAGAACCAGUUCUUCAAGGUACCUGUGGUCAUUGAUGGUCGCCCGCUCAACGUGUCAGAGCUGGAACAGCAAUUCGAGCGCAUCUACAAGAUCGCGAAGAAGGCGCCCCCUGUUGGUGUUCUUACUGUUGCAAACCGCGACCACUGGACUGCCGCUCGCAAGAAGCUCCUGGAAGCUCACCCCAACAACGCCAAUGCUCUGCGGGAUAUUGAGUCUAGUGGCUUCGUUGUCUGUCUAGACGAUGCGAGCCCCGUGACCCUCGAGGAGCGUGCGGAGCAAUACUGGCAUGGUGAUGGCCACAACCGCUGGUUUGACAAGCCCCUCCAGUUUAUCGUCAACGAGAACGGUACUGCAGGCUUUAUGGGAGAGCACAGCAUGAUGGAUGGCAGCCCAACCCACCGUCUCAACGACCACCUCAAUGCCCUUAUCUUCAACAACAAGAUUGAUCUCUCAGCGAAGCCUGUGCGAUCCAACCUGCCCGAUCCCCGGCCCAUCGACUUCCACCUAAAUGAAGAAGUUCAGGAAGCGAUUGACGUUGCGGCCAAGGAACACCGCCAGCAGAUUGCCGCCCACGAACUGCGCGUCCAAGCUUACCAGGGCUACGGCAAGGGCCUGAUCAAGAAGUUCAAGUGCAGUCCCGACGCGUACGUGCAGAUGAUCAUCCAACUUGCCUACUUCAAGAUGUAUGGCAAGAACCGCCCAACCUACGAGUCUGCCUCCACCCGCAAGUUUGCCGAGGGUCGCACAGAGACCAUCCGCACUGUCUCUGACGAGAGCGUUGCCUUCUGCAAGGCAAUCACCAACUCCUCUGUUCCCCGUGAGGAAGCUGUCCGUCUUUUCAGGACUGCUCUCGCCGCUCACUCCAAGUACACUGCCGAAGCCAGCGACGGCAAGGGUGUUGACCGCCACCUCUUCGGUCUCAAGAAGCUUGUUCGUGAGGGCGAGCCCCUGCCUGCUAUCUUCUCCGACCCAGCCUAUUCCUACAGCAGCUCCUGGUACCUGUCUACCUCCCAGCUUAGCUCUGAGUACUUCAACGGCUAUGGAUGGAGUCAGGUUAUCGAUGAUGGGUUUGGAAUUGCGUACAUGAUCAACGAAAACAGCCUUAACUUCAACAUCGUCUGCAAGCGCAUCGGCGCCGAGCGCAUGAGCUACUAUCUCAACGAGGCGGCAGGCGAUAUCCGUGACAUGCUGAUGCCGGAUCUUGCCGCCGAGGCCGAGAAAGCCAAGCUGUAGACCAGCUCUGUCUUCUUUUCCGCUUUCAUCCUGCAAAGACUGUUUUGUCUCGUUGCUGUAAAAAACCUAGACGAUUCGGUUUCGUCAUGGCCAUACAAUUGCAUAGAAGUUUGUGUUUGUCCCUUAAGAGAUAUCUGCUCUAGCUAGCCAGUUGAUAUUAAUGUUGAUGUAUUCUAUGUCAUAUAUUUCUAUUUGAUAUCUUUUAUGGCA